AUGAGUUUAACCAUUAACUCGGUUGAUGGAAUGGAGUUUGUGGAGGACGACAACAUUACGGGUGCAUCGGACGACGACGAUGAUGAUAAUCCAAGCAGUCCGGGCAGUGCAUACGACGAUGGAAACCUCAUUAACGUUGCCAUGGAGAAUGAAGUCACCGCACAAUUGGUAGCCGCUGGCGUGGUCGGUGUAGCGGCUGCAGCCGCCAUUACUUCGUCCAAGAAAAAGAAACGUCCGCAUUCGUUUGAAACCAACCCUUCCAUCCGCAAACGGCAACAAAAUCGAUUGCUACGGAAGCUGCGGCAAACUAUCUUCGAGUACGCUACUCGCGUGGGUCAGCAAGCCGUUGUGCUGGUGGCCACCCCCGGCAAGCCCAACAACAUAUACAAAGUAUUCGGAGCAAAGCCGCUUGAGGACGUGCUGAAAAAUUUGCGCAACAAUGUGAUGGAUAAGCUGGAUGAAGCACUGGCCGCACAAGCCCCACCGCGCGUACAGGACGACCCGUCGCUGUUCGAGUUACCGCCACUGAUCAUUGACGGCAUACCAACACCGGUGGAAAAGAUGACCCAAGCCCAGCUGCGAGCAUUCAUUCCGCUUAUGUUGAAGUACUCGACUGGUCGCGGCAAGCCCGGUUGGGGACGUGAUUCAACCAGACCGCCCUGGUGGCCUAAGGAGUUGCCAUGGGCCAACGUUCGCAUGGAUGCACGGACGGAGGAGGAAAAGCAGAAGAUAAGUUGGACUCAUGCACUGAGAAAAAUUGUCAUAAACUGUUACAAAUAUCACGGCAGAGAAGAUCUUCUUCCUGCGUUUAGCGAAGAGGAUGAAAAAGCGAACGCUAUUGCUACGGCAAGCUCUAACGUUGAUGUAAUGAAAAUUGAAAACGGUAACAUUGUGACUGUGGGUCCAGCGGGCAAUACACAAACGGCUACGGCUACGAUUACCAAUGGAGCCAACGGACAGCAGCAAAUCAUUAUUCACCAGGCGCACCCACAGCAGCAACACCAGCAGCAGCAGACACAUUCGAACGGGACGACAACGCUGACCACGAGCAAUGGACACACGCAGAUCAUCAAGGAGAAUGCCGACGGCACCCUUCAGAUCCAACAGCAGGCCUCCCCUUCGCAGACACUGAACGCGCAGGUUUGCUUGGACUCGAUGGCUCUAAGCGAUGUGGAUUUUACACAUACCGUGCUACAAACUAUACAGAACGCCGACGGUACCGUUUCAAUUAUUCAGGUUGAUCCAAACAAUCCCAUUAUCACACUACCGGAUGGUACGACAGCACAAGUACAAGGAAUCGCAACUCUCCAACAACAAGCUGAUGGAGGUGUACAUGCCAUUCAAACAAUCUCUGAUGGUCAGGGUGAAAGUAUGUCAGUUGAUCUGACGGAAGCAACGCUGGGUCAGGAUGGACAAUUAAUUAUUACUGGAGAGGAUGGACAAGGAUUCCCGGUGAACGUGAGCGGAAUGAUAACGGUACCCAUGUCAGCCCAAAUGUACCAGACGAUGGUUGCGAACAUUCAGCAGGUGCCGAACGUGGAUGGAACCGUGUGCAUAACACCGAUGCAGGUACAUAGUUUAGCAUCCACUCAGCAUCAGCAGCAGCAACAGCAACAAACGAACCCUUCCAUUGUUAGCACGACCUGCUCCACGACACAGAACUUGACCAUUUCUUCGAAUGCCAUUGCUAACAGUCAGCAGCAUCAGCAAGCAGCGCAGAUACUUGCCAACUACGCCCUUAGCGCAAACGGGGCAACUAUCCUGAGUAUGCCUCAGCUGCAGCAGCAUAUACAGAGUGGUGGCAAGCAGCAGCGCAUUGCUUCACGUUCUGCCACUUCUGGUUUGCCAUUAGUCGGUAUGAACGCAGUUUUACCUUCCCAACGAGGUUGUUUUAAUUUAACCUCCUCUUUGAAUCAAAGCAUUGGCAUCGACAAUAAUAAUUUAACCGUGACGAACAAUAACAACAUAAACCAAUUGAACGCCAUUCGAAAAUCAAACUCCCUGCAUAGCGGUACCAUAAUCGGUGGUGCUGGUGGUAUUGGUAGUGCGGGUGCUAUUAAAAUUUGUAUUCCCAAAAUCGAACCUAUGGACGAAGACAAGGACGAGACAGGAGGCACGUCAGACAAUAGUGGUACGCAGAGUUUUGUCAUUCAACUGAGCGGAAUUCCGUUCACAGACCCAAAAACCUCACAGCAACAGCAGCAGCAGCAGCAGCAAGAGCAGCAGCAGUUGAAACGAGACAUUGAGUUGACUAUUAACGAAGAUAACCAUCUUAUUGAUGCACUCAGUAUAAAUCAUAAGCCCAGCAGCGGCAGCAGUAACUCGUCGAGCGAGUCGGACCAGAAGCCAUUUGCCAUUUCAAGCGUGGAGAAUGGCGAGACAAUGGAAACCAUCACAGUGGGACCCGGCAUGCAUCAGAUGAUGAUCCAGGGUCCGCCUGGAUCGGAGCCGCAAGUUCUCCAGGUGCUUAGCCUCAAGGAUGCGUCAGUGCUGACGAAAGCGAUGGCAGCCAUAUCGGAUAUACGGAGGCGGGUGCUGCGGGUGUUGUACCAAGGAUAUGAAAUAAUGAAAAAAGUGCCCUCCAGACCGAAGGAAACGAAGCCGCCGGUCCUUCGGAGACGGAACGUCAUUGCUGACGAUGAACGAGAGAGAAUGCCUGUGAAGGAAAAAUCCACCGUGCAGUUAGAUUCUCAAUCGGUUGAACCCGCUGAAGAAACGAAACUUACAAACGCGGAUACUUCGGUGUUGGCCGGUGAAAACGGAGACCACUCAAACGGUGGUUGCCUCCCAAUUGCAGAGGACAACGCUUUGAGUCUUACCCCGGUGCAAGAAGAAAAGCAUACGAUUCGGGUGGUGUCAUUGGAGAGGUUGCUACGACCCGGUUUAGUAGAGGCAACGAAGGAAGCCAACAGAAAAGCAACGAAAAGCCCGCAAAAAACGCGAAAAUCGAAGGAAAACAUAAGUAUCAUUGAAAUCAGCGACGACGAUAGUGAUUCUAGCUUACAAUUGAACAGUCCUCGCAAAAUUGUUCCGAGAAAGUUGUCCUUGGACUUUAUGAAUGAAGAUACAGUUUCGUCAGCGCCACUUGCCGCAAAGCUUACCAAUUCGACGCCUAGUGACACCGAGACAGUUCGUAAUGCGGAGCCCAAAGUAAAAGAUUGCCAAGUAGUGAUCAUUAAAUUGCCCGAGGAUCUCACAGAAAUCAAGUCUCGUUUCAAAUUGAAAAGCAUCUACGAUCAACAUAACGUUGAUAUCAACAGAUUUUCAGUAUCGACAGCACAAAAAUCGAAAUAUUGUCGCGAAAUGGAAAAUACUGUGCAAACAACCGAAGUCGAGAGCAAAAAACAGGAAGAUGAUACUGUUGCAGAGCCUAACGAGGAGCUAAAUAGCAGCGAUUCGGAUGAACCUCUCCGUAAUACCAGGUCCAGCAAAAACAUUCCAAAAGUGCGAAAAAUGACCAGGAAUGCUCGAAAAAGGCGGGCAGUGAGUGACAGUGAGGACGAGAAGGCAGAGGAUAAAUUAUCAGCAUCGGUAGAUGACGAGAUCAACGGAAACUCCGACGAGGCAAGCGAUAAACAUAGCGAGGAGGAAGUAUGUUCUACUAGAAAUACUGCAGCCGGUCGAAGUCAGCGGGCUGCAGAACGAUCGCGAAGAACCGCGCGAAACGGAAAUGAUGAAGAUCAGCCUUCAAACGAGGACAAAGAAGACUUUCAACCGCGCAAGAAACGUACCAGGAUACGAAGGAAUUCACCUUCAUCAUCGGAUGAUGAAGGUAGUCGAUCAAAGAGCAAAAAACGUCAACGUCUCAAAAAGAAAAAAUCUGAAAAUGAUAGUGAGGGCGAGUCGCCGUCGAAGGGACGCAAAAAUAUUCGUAAAUUGCUAAAGAAAAGCGAUCUGGAACAGACGACUAAAACCGCCGAGCUCGAAGAAAUGGAGAGAAAGCAGCGCAUUGCCGAGCGUCAGAAGCUCUACAAUCAAGUGUACGAUGAGAAACCGGAAGAGGCUCGCACGCUCGAACAGCUAAUUCUGGAUUUCGACGAAGAAACGAAGGAGCCGUUGCUCGAGGUGGAUAAAAAGCUGGUGAAACAAUUGAAGCCGCAUCAAGCUAACGGCGUCAAGUUUAUGUUUGACGCUUGUUUUGAAAGCCUCGAGCGAAUGAAAGACAGCAAGGGAUCCGGCUGCAUUUUAGCCCAUUGCAUGGGUCUGGGAAAGACGCUACAAAUCGUUACGCUGACUCACACUCUCCUGGCGAAUGCUGAUAUUACUGGCGUAGAAAGGGUGCUGGUCGUUUGUCCGCUUUCGACGGUGCUCAACUGGGUGAACGAGUUCAAAAUUUGGAUGCGGCAUGUACGAAAGGGCACAGAAGUGGAAGUGUAUGAAAUAUCAAAAUACAAGGAUAACGUAACCCGGGCUAAUAAACUGAUGGAAUGGCACAACGAAGGAGGCGUGAUGAUAAUAGGCUACGACAUGUUCCGCAAUCUGGCAAAUCCAACCACGGCCCGGAUUCGAAAGAAGGUGCGCGAAUCCCUGCAGACAUCGUUGAUUGACCCGGGCCCAGAACUUAUCGUAUGUGACGAGGGGCAUUUGCUCAAAAACGAAAAAACGUCGCUUUCCCAGAUGGUUAACCGUAUAUCGACCAUGCGUCGCAUUGUUCUGACCGGUACUCCUAUACAGAACAACAUGAAAGAAUAUUAUUGUAUGGUGCAGUUUGUCAAGCCAAAACUGCUCGGCACAUAUUUGGAGUAUCUAAAUCGUUUCGUAAAUCCCAUCACCAACGGCCAGUACACUGACUCGACACCGUACGACAUUCAAUUGAUGCGCAAAAGGGCUCACGUGUUGCAUAAGCUACUAGAUGGUUGCGUUCAACGACGAGACUACUCAGUAUUAGCCCCGUUCCUACCGCCAAAGUUGGAGUUUGUGCUAUCGAUCAAACUUACACCGAUGCAGAGCAUUUUGUAUAAGUUCUAUAUGCAAAAUUUCGCGGGCAGACGAAUUGACGAUGAUCUGAAGCGAUCCUCGCUAUUGUUCACCGACUUUCAAAACCUUCAACGCAUCUGGACUCAUCCGAGGGUAUUGCGUUACAAUAGUGAUCGGUAUGAAAUAGCCCAACAGAAAAAGCGUUUUCUUGCUUCUGAAUCCGAGUCGCUUGGUUCGAUCAAAGAUUUCCUAGAUGAUGAUUCGGAUGAGAGUCCACAUACGACACCGGAGUCUUCUGAUGCUUCAGAUGAUGAAGUGCAGUUGGUGGAAAGCGGAAAUCAAAGUUCGAACGGUUCUACGGGGAGUGACAAACUUCGGACCCAAACUACCCGUCGUACACGACGAAACCACAACAUAGUGGAGGAAGGUAAGAAAAAAAAUUGAACCCUUCCAAUCAUUUUCAUUCUUUUUCUAACUGUUCUGUGUGUUUCAUUAGAGGUGGAAAAACUAGAAAAUCCCACGGAAUGGUGGAUGCAACUGUGCCCCGAAACGGAGCUUAACAAUCUAGAGCAUUCGGGAAAGCUGGUGUUAUUGAUGGAAAUUUUGAAGGAAUGUGAAACGAUCGGCGAUAAAUUGCUGGUAUUUUCCCAAUCGCUGUACUCGUUGGACGUGAUUGAACAUUUUCUCACGCUGUUGGAUGAAAACACACAAAAAGAUGAGGAGGAUAGAGAUGAAACUUUAAGCAAAUAUCCUGGGUCAUGGGCGCAAGGGUUAGAUUAUUUCCGUCUGGAUGGAUCCACUUCUAUUGAGAAUCGGAAUGAUGCUUGCAAAGUGUUCAACGACGAGAGCAACACAAGAGCCAGACUCUUCCUAAUCUCAACUAGGGCUGGAGGACUGGGCAUCAAUCUGGUGGCAGCUAAUCGGGUUGUUAUCUUCGAUGUGUCUUGGAAUCCAUCGCAUGAUAUUCAAAGUAUUUUCCGAGUGUACCGAUUUGGACAGAGCAAGCCAUGCUAUAUCUAUAGACUCAUUGCCAUGGGCACAAUGGAAGAGAAAAUCUAUGAAAGGCAGGUGACCAAGCAGGCCAUUUCGAAACGUGUCAUCGACGAGCAGCAAAUCGAUCGUCACUAUAAGGCGAAUGAUCUGCAGGAGCUUUACCGUUACGACGUGGAUAAUGACGAGCCCCGCCCCACACCGAACGUGCCGAAGGAUCGACUCUUUGCCGAACUGCUAAAACGAUUCGAGAAUAUCGUUUACAAGUAUCACGAACACGACUCCCUAUUGGAGAACAAAGAGGAGGAAACAUUGAACGAAGAGGAACGCAAGGCCGCCUGGGAGGAGUUUGAACAAGAAAAGAACCGACCACCCUUGCCGGCGUACGGUUCGAUGGGGAUGGGUAUGGGUAUGGGUAUGGGUAUGGGUAUGGGAAAUAUGCCAAUCACCUCGAGUACCAUCUUUGGUUUUCGUAACGAUGUGCUUUUGAAGCUGCUGAACAUCAAGGCCCGUGAGGACAAUCCGACCUUCAAUGAUGCCACUAUCAAUGCAAUGAUACCUUACUUGAUGCAAGAGUUGACCCGGCAAAUGAAGGACGGCGAAAUAACGCUCUACAAAAGUUUGUGUGACUUGUACUACAAACUAGAAGUACCGGCAGCAAGUCAAACCUAUCCAAUGGGUUAUGCGAUGCAGGGUGGAAUGGGAGUUGCUCCGUCCACCGGCCAAGGGGUUGGCCAACAACCCCCCAUGAUGAUGGGUGCUGGACCCAGCGGAAACGUAGCUUAUAUGUAUGCGGAUCAAACAGGAAUUAAUCGUGCACCAUUUGCAACCAACGUUCAGGUACAAGAGCCUGGCAUUAGCGGCAUUCCGAGAACUCUUCCCACUGCUAGUGGAAUUACGCCGACCUAUGUUGACCCUAAUGUGGUAGAGCUCGACUAGAAAACAUGUGUGUUUGAUUCACGAACAAUUACUGUAUGUC